AAGACCCCGAGUUUUGGUCACACUGUGACCUAUAUGAGACCUAACCAAAAUGCGAGAAUUUUUUUUUUUCUUGAGAGGAGUCUUGCUCUGUCGCCCAGGCUCCAGGACAGUGGCGCGAUCUUGGCUCACUGCAACCUCUGCCUCCCGGGUUCAAGCGAUUGUCCUGCCUCAGCCUCCUAAUGUGAGAAUUUUUUUUUUUUUUUUUGAGAUGGAGUUUCGCUCUUGUUGCCCAGGCUGGAAUGAAAUGGCGCAUUCUCGGCUCACCGCAACCUCCGCCUCCUGGGUUCAAACUAUUCUCCUGUCUCAGCCUCCCGAGUAGCUGGGAUGACAGGCAUGAGCCACCGCGCCCAGCCCGAGAAUUUUUAAAACAAAAUUAUUAGAGGCCAUCAUUGCAGAUGCCGGUCACAAACCCCACAGGCUCACCUAAGCAUCUGAGCUACUGUUUAAAAACUGGGUACUCCCGGGGCUGGCGCUGAGGCUCAGGCUGGGCUGCGAACCGUCCAAUCAGGCGCGCAGCUGGAGCGGACAUGGCGGCUUCCGGGACGUGGCGGGGCCUUUGUCUCCCGCUGCAGCCGGAGCUCCAGAUCUGGUUUUUACUCCUUUGUGUCCUCUGCUGAUAGAGGACAAGCCUCUGUGGCCCGGUGACCUGCAGGUAUUGGGAGAUGCACAGCUAAGACGCCAGGACCCCCUGGAAGCCUAGAAAUGGGGCCGUUGACAUUUAGGGAUGUGGCCAUCGAAUUCUCUCUAGAGGAGUGGCAAUGCCUGGACACUGCUCAGCAGGAUUUGUAUAGAAAAGUGAUGUUAGAGAACUACAGAAACCUGGCCUUCUUAGCAGGUAUUGCUGUCUCUAAGCCAGACCUGAUCACCUGUCUGGAGCAAGGAAAAGAGCCCUGGAAUAUGAAGAGACUUGAGAUGGUAGAUGAACCCCCAGUUACGUGUUCCUAUUUUGUUAAAGACCUUUGGCCAGAGCAAGACAUAAAAGAUUCUUUUCAAGAAGUGAUACUGAGAAGAUACAGAAAAUGUGGACCUGAGAAUUUACAGUUAAGAAAAGGCUCUGCAAGUGUGGAUGAGUGUAAUCUGUACAAAGAAGGUUAUAAUGAAGUUAGCCAGUGUUUGACAGCUACCCAGACUGAAAUAGUUCAAGGUGAUAAAUAUAUGAAAGUCUUUCUUAGACGUUUAAAUUCAAAUAGACAUAAGACAAGAUGUACUGGAAAGAAAACUUUCAAAUAUAAAAAACGUGACGAAUCAUUUUGCAUGCAUUUGUACCUAAGUCAAAAUAAAAGAAUUCAUAUUAGAGAGAAUUCUUACCAAUGUGAAGAAUGUGGCAAAGUCUUUAAGCGGUCCUCACACCUUUCUAGACACAUGAGAAUCCAUACUGGAGAGAAACCUUUCAAAUGUGAAGAAUGUGGCAAAGUCUUUAUGCGGUUCUCAGCCCUGUCUACACACACGAGAAUCCAUACUGGAGAGAAACCUUUCAAAUGUGAAGAAUGUGGCAAAGCUUUUAAGCACUCCUCAACUCUUAGUACACAUAGGAUGACUCAUACUGGAGAGAAACCCUACAGAUGUGAAGAAUGUGGCAAAGCCUUCAACACAUCCUCACACCUUACUGCACAUAAGAUAAUUCAUACUGGAGAGAAACCCUACAAAUGUGAAGAAUGUGGCAAAGCGUUUAACCAUUCUUCAUCUCUUACUACACAUAAGUUCAUUCAUGCUGGAGAGAAACCCUACAAAUGUGAAGAAUGUGGCAAAGCUUUUUAUCGAUUCUCAUUCCUUACUAAACAUAAGAUAAUUCACACUGGAGAGAAAUUUUACAAAUGUGAAGAAUGUGGCAAAGGCUUUUACUGGUUUUCAACCCUUACUAAACAUAAGAAAAUUCAUACUGGAGAGAAACCCUACAAAUGUGAAGAAUGUGGCAAAGCCUUUAAUGUGUCUUCAAACCUUACUACACAUAAGAUGAUUCAUACUGGAGAGAAACCCUACAAAUGUGAAGAAUGUGGCAAGGGCUUUAACUACUCCUCAAAACUUAUUAAACAUAAGAUGAUUCAUACUGGAGAGAAACCUUACAAAUGUGAAGAAUGUGGCAAAGCCUUUAACCAAUCCUCAAACCUUACUACACAUAAGGUAAUUCAUACUGGAGAGAAAUCUUAUAAAUGUGAGGAAUGUGGCAAAGCUUUUACCCAUUCCUCACACCUUACUUCGCAUAGGAGAAUUCACACUGGAGAGAAACCCUACAAAUGUGAAGAAUGUGGCAAAGCUUUUAACCAAUCCUCAAAUCUUAGUAAACAUAAAAUAAUUCAUAUUGGAUAGAAGUCUUACAAAUCUGAAGAAUGUGAUAAAGCCUUUAACCAAACUGCAACUCUUACUAAGCAUAGGAAAAAUUAUCCUUGAAGGAAACCCUACAACUGUGAAGAAUGUGGAAGUUCUCUCAAGCAGUCCUCAUAAUUUAUUAAACAAAAUAACUCAUACUGGAGAGAAACUGUACAAAUAUAAGAAUGGCCUCAACUCUUAAAAAGCAUUGAAAAAAAUUCAUCCUAUAUGGAAAUCCUAUGAGUGUGAAAAACAUAGCAAAGCCUUUAACAACACAUAACCGCUGCUCCAGGGGAGGGUCCCCAUGCCAAUGCACAACUAGAUUUUGAUCCCCAGGCCUAUGUUCAAGUGUCUUUGUGGGCUGUCAGGGCUUGGGACCAAAUUCCCAAAAGCAGAGUUCAACAGGGAUCUUUUAUAAAUGUUCAACAAGGGCCUCAGGAGCCAUUUGCUGAGUUUAUCAAUCAGUUAACCCAGGCAAUUAAGAGAGAAAUUUGUCACAGCCAGGCUGCUAUCUUAUUGUUGCAAUUGACUUUGGAAAUGCUAAUGUGGACUGCGGGCAAGCAAUGCAAGCAGAGGAAAGGGAGUUACAGUUGGGAAACUUACAUGAGCAUGUCAGCUGACGGGAACUGAGACACACAAAGCCAAAAUAUUGGCUAUGGCAUUAGGCCUCCUAAAGUGAAAGAAAUCAAAAUGAUUUUCUCUGUGGAAAGCCAGAUCAUAUGAAAAGGAAAUGCCUCCAUAGUAGAGACCAAGGUAACUCAGGGAAAGAACCCCCUUCUGUAUGCCCCUAACAUAAAAAGGGGACACAGUGGGCAAAUCCAUGCAGGUCGAAAUUUGGCAAAAACGGAAACCAUGUAAGUAACCAGGUGGGAACCUUCAUGAGGGACCAUCCCUGGGCCCCACUUCAAACUGGGGCAAUGUCAGCAGCUUUCCUUGGUUAGAUGGAAACUCCACAGUCCUCUCUCUCAGAGCAGUCACCACUGGGAGUGCAGGACUGGACUUACUCUGCCCCAACAAAUAAGUGCUAAAAGAAGAAGACCCUAAAAGGGUUGCAACUGGGAUGUGGGGCCCCUCGCCUCUGGGAACAGUGGGAGUAGUCCUGUGGUGGUCUAGCCUAUCCAGUGAAGAAUUUAAUGUGCUCACUGGAGAAUGGAUAGUGAUUACCAAGGUGAGAUAUGGUUACGAUGGAAUGUAAAGGUCUGCAUAUUCUCUCUGGACCAAAGGUAGCUCAGUUACUAUUUUACCAUACUGGGUUUCCAGUGCCCAUGGAAAGCAAAAGGGAAAGGGAAGUUUUAAAAGCACAGGAGCCACAGGAGUAUAUUAGAAUAAAUCAUUGAUCAGAGACCCAUAAUUACCUUAAAAAUCAAAGAUAAAUUUACUGUCUUAUUGGACAUGGGCAGACAUUUCAAUCGGCGAUCAAAGCUGUGCAGAAACUUGGCCCUGGGUCACUCAGAAACAAAAAAUUGUUGGCAUUGGGGAUGUGCAGACAGCCGAGCAGAGCACCUGCCCCCUACCUGCUGUGAUUCAGAAGGAAACAAGGCAGUUACACAACCUCUAAUCAUGCCCAUUCCUGUUAACCUUUGGGAACAAGGCCUAUUACCCACUAUGGGUGACUCUGCAGACCCCUUUCUAACAAGACACUGUUACUGUUCCUCCCCUAGCUCGGAUCCAAUUUAAGCAGAACGGUGGCCUCUGAAGGGAGAGAAAUUGCAGAAGGCCCAUGAAUUAGUUGAUGAGCAAUCAAAAGCUGGGCAUAUAGAACCAUCUGAUAUGAUAGUCCCUAGAAUUCGCCCAUUUUUGACAUUCCCAAAAAGUCUGGGAAAUGGAGACUUUUGCAAUGACUUACAUGCUGUCAAUGCCAAUUUGCAACCUAUGGGACCCCUUCAGCAGGGGCUUCCUUCCUCUGUGAUGAUUCCCCAAGAUUGGUCUAUAAUCAUACUGACUUAAAGGACUGUGCAUACAAUUUCCGUAGCAGACCAGGACAGAGAAAAAUUUGCAUUUACAAUACCAGCUAUCAGUAAUGAAAGGACAGCUUGUUAAUUUCAUUGGAAAGUACUUUCUCAAAGACUGUUAAACUGCCUUACCAUGCGUCAGUAUCAUGUAAAUCAAGCUUUGUUCCCCAGUAGAAAAGAAUUUCCUGAUUGCAAGGUUAUUUAUUUCAUGGAUGAUGAUCUACUAGCAGCCCUAAUGGAGCCAAUGCUUUUAAAUAUAUUUACCUCUCUCAUAAAGAAUACACAGCUAAGAGGCUGAAUCAUUGCUCCUGAAAAGGUACAAAUGUCCUCUCCUUGGAAAAUCUUGGGUACAUACUAACUUCCUAGUCACUAAGGCCUCAAAAGAUUUAAGUUAAAUACUAGCAACUUUGCCAGGCUCAGUGGCUCAUGUCUGUACUCCCAGCACUUUGGGAGGCUGAGAUGGGUGGAUCACAAGGUCAAGAGAUCGAGACCAUCCUGGUCAACAUGGUGAAACCCCGUCUCUACUCAAAAUACAAAAAAGUAGCUGGGCAUGGUGGCGCGUGCCUGUAAUCCCAGCUACUCAGGAGGCUGAGGCAGGAGAAUUGCCUGAACCCAGGAGGCGGAGGUUGCGGUGAGCCGAGAUCGCGCCAUUGCACUCCAGCCUGGGUAACGAGCGAAACUCCAUCUCAAAAAACAAAAAACAAACAAAAAAAAACUAGCAACUUUAACACCUUAAAUGGUUAUCAGAAAUUACUAGGCAGUAUCAACUUGGUCCCCCUCUUUAGGCAUUCUUACUUACAAGCUGCAAAACCUGUUUGCUAUCUUAAAGGACAAUACAGCCCUGAAUUCUCCCAAAUAACCCCUACAACAUAAAGGGAAUCGAGGAAAUAGAACAAGCUGUCUCUCAAAGGCAGCUAGAUUGCACUGAGCUGCAGUAUUCAAUUGUUUAUUUUUCUCAUCAAACACUCCCCUACAGGGUUAAUAGGAUAGAUGACCCUAAGACUGCACUUUCUAGAAUGGGUUUGUUGCUCACAUACUGGGACUAAAACACUUCUCUCUAUAUCCAGUUACUUAGUGAAGUAAUCCAUUCAGGCCUCAGAUGAUGCAAUCAGUUGCUAGGUUAUGAUCCUGAUAUCAGGAUUCCUUUAAGUAAAAAGAAAUUCUAAGCAGUACUGCCCUUACCAAUGGACUUGCAAAUAGCACUCUGAUUACACAGGACCAAUAGAGCCUGUCUUUCCUGCUGAUUAACUCCUUCAUUUCUUAUCUCAUACUCCUGUGGUCUUACCCACAAAAAUAGUUUACUCCCCAUACCUACUUAUUGAACAUUGUUUACUGAUGGUAUGGAUAAACAUGAAAAAGGAGCAGUUUGGUGGACACCACAUAAUUCCUUUCCUCGAUGUGGGUUUAACAGCACUCAGAAAGCUGAGAUUGAGGCACUAAUAAUGGCUCUGGAAACUGUUUACACUCAGACCCUCAAUAUUAUUAGUGAUUCUGCUUACUCUCUAUUUACUGCAGAACCCUGAGACAGCCCUAAUUAAGACCACUCGGGAGCCUGCCCUUGUGCUCUUUUUCUUCUGCUUCAGCAAUUUAUAGGUCAACAUACACAUCCUAUUUUUAUUACAGACAUUUGCGCCCAUAACUCACUUCCUGGCCCAUUGGUUUAUGGCAAUAAUCAAGCAGACCUUCAAGUUAUGACAUCACUGCUUGACCAAGCUACCCAAUUGCAUCAAUUUUUCCACCAAAAUUGGGUACACUUAUCUAAACAAUUUCAACUUACCCAGAUACUGGAUAAAGAAAUUUUCCCACAAUGCUCGGAUUGCCAGCUCACCGGCACGUCACCUCCUUCUACAGGUGUUAACUCUAGAAGAUUAGAACCUUAUCAGUUAUGGCAAACAGAUGUUACAUCCCUGCAUUUGGAAAACAAAGAUAUGUACAUGUAUCCAUUGACACGAACACUCAUUUAUAAUUAGUGCACACAGCAUCCCUGGAGAGGCUACUCAAUAUGUCAUCAGACAUCUUUUAACAUUUGCAUUUAUGGGACAGCCCACAAAAAUAAAACUGAUAAUGGUCCAGCUUGCGCCAGCUCACAAUUUCAAUAAUCUUGUCACACAUGGAAUAUUCAACAUUUUACAGGCAUCCCAUAUAACCCCCAAGGACAGGCCAUAGUAGAAUGUGCCCGUUCCACUCUUAAAAAUAUGCUCAAAAAACAAAAAGGGGAGUAUGAGUAAAGGGUCCUGCAACACUAUUGGCAUUAGCCUUAUUUACCCUAAAAUUUUUAAAUUUAGAUGGUAAAUUUCAAUCAGCUGUAGAAAAGCACUUUGCUAAGCUUGUCAAGACAUAAAACCUGCAGUUUUAUGGAAAGAUGUAAACAUUAACAUCCAGCAUGGUCCAAAUGAAUUAUUAACAUGGGGAAGAGAGUAUGCUUGUGUUCCCACCUCUUCAGGUCCACUUUGGAUUCCAACACAAUGCAUCAAACCAUACCAUAGUCUAACUAGGACCCAACCCAGUACCAGAAAUAAAGGAACUAACCCUACAGGACACACAGCCAAAGACAAUGCGGUGUGCGAGCAUUUCUUUUAUUGACAUCUUUACCAACACUUGCUUUUUAAUGAGAGUCAUUCUAACAGGAAUGAAUUAUCUUACAGUUUUUGUUUUUGGCUUGCCUGUUUGUGAUAAUUGACAUUGAACAUUUUUGUUUUUGUUUUAUUGAGAUGGAGUUUCGCUAUUGUUACCCAGGCUGGAGUGCAAUGGCACGAUCUCAGUUCACCGCAACCUCCGCCUGCUGGGUUCAGGCAAUUCUCCUGCCUCAGCCUUCUGCGUAGCUGGGAUUACAGGCACGCACCACCAUGCCCAGCUAAUUUUUUGUUAUUUUUAGUAGAGACGGGGUUUCACCAUGUUGACCAGGGUGGUCUUGAUCUCUUGACCUCGUGAUCCACCCACCUGGGCCUCCCAAAGUGCUGGGAUUACAGGCGUGAGCCACCACACCCAGCAAACGUUUUUAAAUAUAUCCGUUGGCUCUAUGUUUGUAUCUUCUUGAAAAAAUACUUAUUUCAGCUGUUUGCUUAUUUUUAAUGAUAAUUUUCUUUUGUUGUAUUGUCAUUUGAGUUUUUAAUAUAUUUUUGCUGUUAACCCCUUGUCACAUGUAUAAUUUGCAAAUAUUGUCUCUCUUGGUUGUCACAUUCUGCUGAUUGUAUCAGAUUCUGUGCAGCAGCUUUUUAAUUUGAAGUGAUUUGACUUAUUUAUUCUUCCUUACUGUGUCCUGAGAUGUUUAGGUUAAAUUUUAAAACUUGCUGCUUAGACCAAUGUUAUGGGGCUUUCACUCUAUUUUUUGGUACCAGUAGUUUCAGUUAUAGGCCUUACAUUAAAUUGGCUAAUUUAUUUAGAGUUUAUUUUUACAUAUGAUGUGCGAUGAGAGUCUCGCUUUUCUUCUGCUGCAUAUGGAUAUAAAGUUUUCUUAACAUGAUUUAUUGAAAAUACUGUUCUUACCUUUAAACAGUCACCUUUAUUUAAAAUCAGUUAGCUGUAAAUACAUGGAUACAUUUCUGCUCCUUUCUUCUUCUCCAUUGACCUGUCUGUUUUUAUUCAAGUACCAUACUGUUUUUGUUUCCAUAGCUUUGUGCUAUAUUUCAAAGUCAGGUAGGAUGAUAUCUUCACUUCUUUUGUCUUGAUUGCUUUGGCUAUGCAAGGUCUUUUGUGGUACCAUAUGAAUCUUACAUACACUUUAUGAAGUAUGUGACUGGUAUUCUGAUACAGGUUGCAUUAUAUCUGUAGAUCAUUUUGUGUAAUAUAAAUAUUUGUUAAUAAUGCCACUUCAUGAAUAAUACUUCAUUUAUAUAUUAUUUAAUUUCUAUAAUGUUCUUCAGAGUAGAAUGUAAGGUGUUUCAACUUUUUGAUGUAGUUUAUUUCAGGGCCAGGCGUGGUGGCUUACGCCUGUAAUCCCAGCACUUUGGGAGGCCGAGGCGGGUGGAUCACAAGGUCAAGAGAUCGAGACCAUCCUGGUCGACCAGGUGAAACCCUGUCUCUACUAAAAAUACAAAAAAUUAGCUGGGCGUGGUGGUGCGCGCCUGUAAUCCCAGCAACUCGGGAGGCUGAGGCAGGAGAAUUGCCUGAACCCAGGAGGCGGAGGUUGUGGUGAGCCGAGAUCGCACCAUUGCACUCCAGCCUGGGUAACAAGAGCGAAACUCUCUCAAAAAAAAAAAAAAAGAAAAAAAAAAGUUUAUUUCAAAUUAUAGUUAUGGUAGAUGGAAUUCUUUUUUAAUUUCAUUUUGAGAUAGUUAUUUUUUAUUUUUAUUGUUGAGAUGGAAUGUCGCUCUGUACCCCAGGCUGGAGUACAGUGGUGCAAUCUCAGCUCACUGAAACCUCUGACUCCAAGGUUCAAGCAAUUCUCCUGCUUCAGCCUCCCAAGUAGCUGGGACUACAGGCAUGUGCCACCACGCCUGGCUAAUUUUUGUAUUUUUAGUAAGGAUGGGGUUUUGUUAUGUUGGUCAGUUGACCUCAAUCUCUUGACUUUGUGAUCUGCCCGCCUCGGCCUCCCAAAGUGCUGGGAUUACUAGCAUGAGCCACCAUACCUGGCCUCAUUUUCAGACAGUUAUUAAUGUAUAGAAAAGCUAUGACUUUUAGAUGGUACUUUUGUAAGGUUUAAUAAAUUUGUUUUGUUGGUGAUGAUGAUGAUGAUGAGUUGUUUGAGAUGGAGUCUUGGUCUGUCACCCAGGCUGGAGUGCAGUGGCAUGAUCUUGGUACAGUGCAGCCUCUACCUUUCAUGUUCAAAGUAUUCUCCUGCCUCCACCUCCCAAGUAGCUGAGACUACAGGUACCCACAACUACUCCAGGCUAAUUUCUGUAUUUUCGUAGAGACAGGGUUUCACAAUGUUGACCAGGCUGGUCUUGAACUGCUGGCCUUGUGAUCCACACAUCUUAGCUUCCCAAAGUGCGGAGAUUACAGACAUGAGCCACGAUGCUGAGCCUGUUAUUUUUAAUAUUUACUAAGAUAGUAGGCUUUUAUAUACUUUAGAUUAUGUAUAGGGAUAAAAGGAAAUUAUACAGGAAUAAUUUAACUUCCUUUUCUCCAAUCUGGAUGCCUUUGAUUUUAUUCUCUAAUCUCUUUCUCUUGGAUAUUUAGUACUAUGUUUAGUAAGACUGACUAGAGUGGGCAUCCUUGCCUUGUUCUAGCUCUUAAGAGUAAAAGCUUUCAGCAUAUCCCUGUUUAGUACGGUGUUGGCAUUUUUUGGUUAUGUGUGAAAUUUAUCAGCUGAAAUGCAUUUGUUCUAUACCUAAUUUUUCUGGAGAUUUAUUAUAAGGGAAUGUUAAAGUUACCAGACUUCUAUUGUGGAUCGAUUUUUUUUUUUUUUUGCACUCUGAAUCUAUUUAAAUGUUAGAGAUGUCAAAUCACAACUAAUUCUACAUACAUACAAAAAAUCAUCAGAGAAUACUAUGAACAUCUCUAUGCCUGCAAUCUAGAAAAUUUUGAGAAAGUAAACUAACUCCUAAAUACACAUAACUUUCCAAGAUUGAACCAGGAAUAAACAGCAAAAGUGUAUAAAAUAUAUCAUGUAUGGCCGGGUGUGGUGGCUCACGUGUAUAAUCCAAGCAUUUUGGAGGCCAAGGCGGUGGAUCACCUGAAGUCGGGAGUUCAAGACCAGCCUGACCAACAUGGUGAAACCCUGUCUUUAUUUUUUUAAAAAAAUAAAUUUAUAAAAUAAAUAAAUAAAAUAUAUAAUGUAUAAAUAUAUAAUGAAAGUGAAUUUAUUAUUAAAAAACCUACUAACUAUAAAAAGUCCUGGAUUAUAUAAAAUCACAGCCAUAUUUUACCAAUAUAAAAAGAUGAGGUGGUACUAAUUCUACUGAAUGUAUUCCAAAAAAUCCAGAUGGAAUUCCACCGUAACUCACUAUAUAAAAUCUGCAUUAUCUUGACAACAAAGUCUAGUAAAGACAGAACAAUAAAAAACUACAGGCCAAUAUUUUUGGUAAACAUUGAAACAAAAAUUCUGCCUGCAUGAAAUACUAGCAAGCUGAGUUGACAGGCAAAUCAAAGAUUUAUUUUGCCACAAUCAUAUGAGGGUUAUAUAUCACAUAUGCAAGAAUGUUUCAUCAUAUACAAGUCAUAAGUGUGAUUCACCAUGUAAUUAAAAGCAAAAAAUUAUAUUAUUAACAAAAUAGAUGCAGAAAAAACAUUUAAGAAAAUCCAGUAUUCAGGGCCGGGCACGGUGGCUCAAGCCUGUAAUCCCAGCACUUUGGGAGGCUGAGGCGGGUGGAUCACGAGGUCAAGAGAUCAAGACCAUCCUGGUCAACAUGGUGAGACACCAUCUCUACUAAAAAUACAAAAAAUUAGCUGGGCAUGGUGGUGCGUGCCCGUAAUCCCAGUUACUCAGGAGGCUGAGGCGGGAGAACUGCUUGAACCCAGGAGGCGGAGGUUGCAGUGAGCCGGGAUCGCGCCAUUGCACUCCAGCCUGGGUAACAAGAGUGAAACUCUGUCUCAAAAAAAAAGAAAAUCCAGUAUUCAUAAAAAUAUUCUCAACAAAGCAGACAGUGAUAAAACAUACCUCAAAAAAAUAAGAGCCAUGUAUGACAAAUCCUUGGCUAACACCAUACUGAUCAGGCAAAAGCUGCAUGCAUUUCUCAUUAGAAUAAAAAUAAGACUUUCCACUCUAAACAACCCUAUUCAACAUAGUUCUGGAAGUUCUAGUCAGAGCAAUCUAACAAAAUGAAGAAAUAAAUGUCAUCCAAAUAGGGAAAGAGGAAGUCAAAUUGUCUUCACUUAUAAUAUAAUUCUUUAUCUAGAAAACUAAAGAUUUUACCUAAAGACUGCUAAGCUUAAAAAUUACCUUGGCCAGGCGCGGUGGCUCACACCUGUAAUCCCAGCACUUUGGGAGGCCGAGGCGGGUGGAUCACGAGGUCAAGAAAUCGAGACCAUCCUGGUCAACACAGUGAAACCCCGUCUCUACUAAAAAUACAAAAAUUAGCUGGGCAUGGUGGCACGCGCCCGUAAUCCCAGCUACUCGGGAGGCUGAGGCAGGAGAAUUGCUUGAACCCAGGAGGCAGAGGUUGGGUAAGCCGAGAUCGCGCCAUUGCACUUCAGCCUGGGUAACAAGAGCGAAACUCCGUCUCAAAAAAAAAAAAAAAAAAUUACCUCAUCGAAGUCUCAAGAUACAAAAUUCAGUGGCAUUCACAAAUGAAUAGCAUUUCCUUACACCAAUAACAUUUUAGCUGAGAACAAAAUCAAGAAGUAUUCUUUACAAUAGCCAUAAACAAAAAACAAUAUACCUAGAACUAGAUUAAACCAGGAAGGUAGGAUGGGUGCAGUGGCUCAUGCCUGUAGUCUCGGCACUUUGGGAGGCCAAAGCAGGCAGAUCAUGAGGUCAGGAAUCUGAGACCAGCCUGGCCAAACCCUGUGUCUACUAAAAAUAUCACAAAUUAGCCAAGCAUGGUGGCACACGCCUGUAGUCCCAGCUACUCAGGAGCUUAAGACAGGAGAAUCCGUUAAAUCCCAGAGGCAGAGAUUGCAUUGAGCUAAGACUGUGCCACUGCACUCCAGCCUGGGUAACAGAGUGAGACUGUGUCUCAAAAAAAAACAAAAAACAGGGUGGUAAAAUAUUGCUACAAAUUUAACUACAAAGUAUCACUGAAAAUAAUCAGAGAAUUUUUGAGACAGAGUCUCACUCCAUUGCCUAGGCUGGAGUGCAGUGUGAUCUCAGCUCACUGCAACCUCCACCUACCAGGGUUCAAGUGAUUAUCUUGCCUCAGCCUCCUGAGUAGCUGGGAUUACAGGUGCCCGCCACCCCACCUGGCUAAUUUUUGUACUUUUAGUAGACACGGGGUUUUGCUGUGUUUGCUAGGCUGGUCUCGAACUCCUGACCUUAAGUAAUCCACCCACCUUAGCCUCCCAAAGGGCUGGAAUUAUGGACAUUAGCCACCAUGGCAGGCUCAACCCCAUAUUAUUUCUGGUAACAAAGCAUAGCAACAUGAUUUCUUGAAUUUUGCCUGGAUCUUAAUUCAUAAAACAAAGGUGAAUGCCAUUAAAAGGUGUUUAAUACACUUUCACCAGAAACAAUAAUUGACUGACUUAACCAAAAUGCCAGCUCUUGCCAUCUAACUACCAUUAAAAGGAACUGCUCAGGCUCCUAAGUGGUCAACAGUUUCACUUUCAACCUUUCUAAAAGACACAUAACUUGGCCAGGCACGGUAGCUCAUGCCUAUAAUCCCAGCACUUUGGGAGGCCAAAAAGGGCAGAUUACGAGGUCAGGAGUUCAAGAUCAGCCUGACCAGCAUGGUGAAGCCCUUGUCUCUACUAAAAGUAUAAAAAAAUUAGCUGGGCAUAGUGGCAUUCAUCUUUAGUCCCAGCUACUCAGGAGGCUAAGGCAGAAUCACUUGAACCCAGGAGGCAGAGGCUGCAGUGAGCCCAAAUCAUGUCACUGUACUCCAGCCUGAGUGAUAAGAGUGAGACUUUGUCUAAAAUGAAAGGAAAAAGAAAAGGCCAGGUGCGGUCGGUGGCUCACACCUGUAAUCCCAGCACUUUGGGAGGCCGAGGAGGGUGGAUCAUGAGGACAGGAGAUUGAGACCAGCCUGGCAAAUAUGGUGAAAUCCCGUCUCUACUAAAAAUACAAAAAAUUAGCUGUAAAAAUACCAAAAAAGCAAAACAAAACCAAACAAAAAGGUAAAUAAUUUUACAAAAAAUUUUUCUUUAUAAACUUUUGAAUAGUUGGGCUUUUACUCAUAAGCAACAGACUUAUAUAUAUUUUGCAAACUCAAAUACAGAACACUUAAUUUUUUUUUUUUUUUUUGAGACGGAGUUUUGCUCUUGUUACCCAGACUGGAGUGCAAUGGCGCGAUCUCGGCUCAUCGCAACCUCCACCUCCUGGGUUCAGGCAAUUCUCCUGCCUCAGCCUCCUGAGUAGCUGGGAUUACAGGCGCGCGCUGCCAUGCCCAGCUAAUUUUUUGUAUUUUUAGUAGAGACGGGGUUUCACCAUGUUGAACAGGAUGGUCUCAAUCUCUUGACCUCGUGAUCCACCUGCCUUGGCCUCCCAAAGUGCUGGGAUUACAGGCGUGAGCCACCGCGCCCGGCUACUUUCUUUUUUUUUAAAGACAGGGUUUCACCAUGUUGGCCAGGCUGGUCUUCAACUCCUGACCUCAGGUGAUCCACCUCAGCCUCCCAAAGUGCUGUGAUUAGAGGCAUGAGCCACCAUUCCUGUAAUUAUUUACUUUCUUAAUAAAUUUGCUUUCACUUUA